AUGUUGCCCCUUGUUCGCCCCACACAAGACCCCCACCACCACGUGAAGGCCCCCCAGCAGCACCCUCAGCCGGAGAACAACAACAUGGAUUUCUCUUUGUUCAACCAAACAGAUUACGAUUACAAUUACACAGAUUUCGACUACGAUGUGGUAGCACCUUGUACUUACCAGAACCACCUCAGUGUGCAGCCGUUGAUGGGUUGGUUGGUUUACUCCAUCAUCUGCAUCCUGGGCUUUCUGGGUAACAGUCUGGUGAUCGUUAACUACGCCUUCUACAAGAGGACUAAGUCCAUGACUGACGUCUAUCUGCUCAACGUCGCCAUCGCUGACCUGCUGUUUGUGGUGUCCCUGCCUCUCAUCGUCUACAACGAGAUGUGGUCAUGGUCAAUGGGGCCGGUGGCCUGCAAGCUGCUGCGCGGCUCUUACAGCGUGAACCUUUACAGCGGCAUGUUGCUGCUCGCCUGCAUCAGCAUCGACCGCUACCUCGCCAUCGUCCAGGCCCGCCGCAGCUUCAGGCUGCGAACGCUGCCCCACAGCCGCCUCAUCUGCGCCAUCGUCUGGAUCUUCGCUUUUCUUCUGUCUGUCCCAACAUUCUACUUUUACAACUGGUAUGACCCAAUGCAAUCCCUAGAGUCCUUCAUGUUGGAGGGACACGAGAGGAAUCUGACCACCAGAUCUCCGCAGUUUGUCUGUGAGUUCGGGUUCAUGAAUGAAAGUACAGCCUGGAUGACCAAAGUAGCCGUCCCCAGCACCCAGCUGGCCCUGGGCUUCUUCCUGCCACUGCUUAUCAUGAACAUCUGCUACACCGCCAUUAUCAUGAAGCUGCUGAGUGUCCGAAAUUUCCAGCGGCACAAAGCAUUCUGGGUGUUACUGGUUGUGGUGGUGGUGUUCGUCGCCUGUCAACUACCUCACAAUAUUGUAUUGAAUUACGACCAAACCAUCAUGUUCCAGCUGGAGACUUGUGAAGGGUACAAGGCCCUGCAGGCUGCCAAGACAAUAAUGCAGACUGUCGCCUACCUGCACUGCUGCCUGAGCCCGGUGCUGUACGCCUUUGGUCGGAGUGAAGUUCAGGAACCACUUCAGAAGGACCAUCCAGGACCUGGGCCACUUCUCCAGGGUCACGUCUGA